CGCGGUACAAAUAAACCAGUUCCAUUCCACCACGGACAAGCCAGCGGGAGGAAGGUUUCUGUUACAAGCUCAGCCCAAGCGGAUAGCUAUAACUUACAUUCGGUAAACCUUAAAUAGGCAAAAGGGAUAAUCUAGAUAUUCGUACGGUAAAAACGUACAUCUCAUUCACUGAGAAUAACGCGGACGUUUGAACGUAUCUACGGAGUCACGGACUGUGUUCUGCUAGGUAGCUGAACGUGCUAACAAAGAAAAUUAUUUUUCUUGAGAAAUAAUCUUCACUUAUUGUCUUUAGUUAUGAGUCAUGUGGUCGUCGAUAAUCCACACGGUCUAGAUCAGCAGCUUGCUGUCCUAGACUUGAACUCUGCAGACGGACAGGGUGGUGGUGGAACUGGCAGGCGUUAUAUUCCUCCUCACUUAAGGAACAAAGAGGCUUCCAAAAACGCAGGAAAUGCUUUAUCCACUGGUAGACAGUGCGGUUAUUCAAUGGCACCAGUGACUCUCUGUUACCCAGGACUGGGCUCUCAUGACCCAGGCUUCUACCCUGCCUACAGUGGGGGCUGGGCUCACAGAUGUGACUCUCCUGGAUGGGAUGGUGGACGCGGUAACGGCUUUGUGAAUGGUUUCCAUGACAACCGCACGAACGGGGGCUUCGGAGGGCGUGCGCCCCCCCGCACUGAUAGAGGUGGGCGUGGCAGCUUCCGUGGUAUCAGGGGCGGAGUCUCGUUUAAUCACCCAAUGCAAAGUGCAGGGUUUUCAGGAGAGGGUGGCUGGGGAGGCGCUCCCAGGGACGCGGCCUACAACAGCUUUGGAGGACGCUCUGACAGCAGGGGCAAGUCUGCCUUCUUCAAUGACCGUGGAGCAAGCAACAGGGGAAAUCGUGGAGGAUUCGGAGGGGGCGGAAAUAGCCGCUGGCAGGAGGACUCCAGAGACGAAGAGGAUUGGUCCAAACCCACUGUGGCCAAUGAGCGCCUGGAACAAGAGCUGUUUUCUAGCAGCAACACAGGGAUUAACUUUGAGAAGUAUGAUGACAUUCCUGUGGAGGCCACUGGAGCCAACUGCCCUCCUCACAUAGACAGCUUCCAUGAUGUGGAGAUGGGGGAGAUCAUCAUGGGCAACAUUGCCCUGACCCGGUACACACGACCCACCCCGGUCCAGAAGUAUGCCAUCCCCAUCAUAAAGUCUAAGAGGGACUUGAUGGCCUGCGCUCAAACUGGCUCUGGUAAGACUGCUGCCUUCCUGCUGCCGGUGCUGAGUCAGAUAUACUGUGAAGGACCGGGAGAAGCUGCGCAGGCCACCAAGGGAGGGCAGGAUAAUGGCAAGUACGGCCGUCGUAAGCAGUACCCCCUGGCCCUGGUCCUGGCACCCACCAGAGAGCUGGCCCUGCAGAUCUACGACGAGGCCAGGAAGUUUGCGUACCGCUCACGUGUGCGUCCCUGUGUGGUCUACGGAGGAGCGGACAUCGGCCAGCAGAUCAGAGACCUGGAGCGAGGCUGCCACCUGCUGGUCGCAACGCCUGGACGCCUGGUGGACAUGAUGGAGAGGGGCAAGAUCGGCCUGGACUACUGCAACUUCCUGGUGCUGGAUGAAGCUGACCGCAUGCUGGACAUGGGCUUCGAGCCUCAGAUCCGACGCAUCGUGGAGCAGGACACCAUGCCUCCCAAGGGCAUGCGCCAAACCAUGAUGUUUAGCGCCACCUUCCCCAAGGAGAUCCAGAUCCUUGCUCGGGAUUUCCUGGAGGACUACAUCUUCCUGGCCGUAGGUCGCGUGGGGUCCACCUCUGAGAACAUCACCCAGAAGGUGGUGUGGGUGGAGGACGGGGACAAGAGGUCCUUCCUCCUCGAUCUGCUGAACGCCACGGUCAUUCCCAGUGAUGUUCAGGAAAUAGUGCCGGAUGCUCCAGAGAAACCUGGUAAGGACUCCCUGACGCUGGUGUUUGUGGAGACCAAGAAGGGAGCUGAUGCCCUUGAGGACUUCCUGUAUCGCGAGGGAUACGCCUGCACUAGUAUCCAUGGAGACCGUUCCCAGAGAGACAGAGAGGAGGCACUGCAGCAGUUCCGCUCCGGACGUUGCCCCAUCCUGGUGGCCACAGCGGUGGCUGCCAGAGGGUUGGAUAUCAGCAAUGUGAAACAUGUGAUCAACUUUGACCUGCCCAGUGAUAUUGAAGAGUACGUUCACCGUAUUGGCCGUACUGGACGUGUGGGAAACCUGGGGCUGGCCACGUCGUUCUUUAACGACAAAAACAGCAACAUAACCAAAGACCUGCUGGACAUUCUGGUGGAGGCAAAGCAGGAGGUCCCCACCUGGCUAGAGAGUCUGGCAUACGAACACCAGCACAAGAGCACCACCCGAGGACGCGGCAAGAGGUUCUCUGGAGGCUUCGGAGCCAGGGACUACCGUCAGACGCCCGGCGGAGCUGCCAACAGCUUUGGAGGCGGGGGCCGUGGCGGAGUGCGCACUCCUGGAGGAAACAGAGGCUUUGGGGGAGGAGGAGGUGGCUUUGGGGGCAACUUCUACAACAAUGACGGCUACGGUGGCAACUACAGCCACUCUGGCAGCGUGGACUGGUGGGGCAACUAGGUACCAUAUGAGCAGGUUGCCAUGCCAACCCAACCCCACAGAAAACCACAUGUUAAUACAUAAGCCAGACCCUAACCCCCUCACCCCUUCUUAUACACACACACACACACACACACACACACACACACACACACACACACUCCCUUCACUUCACUGACCCAGUGUACAUUUCCAGCUGUGAUUCUCUGCUGGAAAGCAGGGAGCCCUCAAACAGGGCCACCAGCAGAGCUCUUGAAAGAGAGCAGUCACACAUCAUACUGAAAGUGUGUGCAUGGCUCCAGCAGCAAACUCGAACAUCUGUUGAUGUGGGGGGGCAAAAAAAAAGCUACACUUUUUCUAUCAUUGUAAAAAAACAACAAGAAACUAAAAUGACAACUUUGAGGAUCAUUUGUAUGUUAAUGUACUGUGCCUUUUCGAAUUGAGGCAAGGAAAUCUGUUUUGUCAUUUUCACCAAACUAACUUGGCCACGUGCUCUAAAUUGUUGCUAUAUGUUUUAUUUUAUUAUUUGGUGAAAAGCAUGGAGUAUAUUAAGUGUGUACUUACUCAAACCUUGGCAAACACUGGGGUGUUGUGGCUCACUUGAGUCAUGAUUCCAUUUGAACUUCAAAUUUGUGGCAGGGACAUCAUGAAGCCUUUUCUACAGGGUCUUGACAACUAGCACGUCCCCCACUAACGAGUCCCCUACUGGGGACUCCCUUGUGCAAACUGGUGUCUGACCUUAAGGGAUGGAGAGUUGGAUUACUUUAUUAUUUUUUUUGCUCACUCUAUCCUGGACAGGUUUCUGUAUUAUGGAUGUGGUAGUCUUCAGAAAAGGCAUUCCAGGUAUGAUCCUAAUUCUGUCAUUCAGCUCAGUGCAAAAUGCUCACUAGUGUUGAAAUGACAUUAACACUUAACAUGGAACUUUACUCCACUAAUUAAAAUGACAAGUGCGUUACGGCAGCUAGUAUGUUAUGUGCUAGCUACAGAAAGUGGGCAGUUUUUUUUGUUUGUAUAUUUUAUUAGACAUUUUAUUGCAAGCGCACACACAAUUGAGAAACGAACAAAAACAUUUUUAUUUGAGUAAAAUGUUUCCUUAAUGUGUAUAAAACAAAAAAAAUGCCUGCCAAUCUUGAACGUGAAGUUCCAAACAGCUACAUAAGGACCAGAGCAAUGGGGGGAAAGUCUGGCCAGGCAUGUAGUCACCAAUGGGAACCAGUUGGUAUUCUACGCAUGCUAGUGUUUUGUUUUUUGGUCAAGGAGGUAGGACAUAUGAACUGAGUCGCAGGCUUAACUUAAUUAUAAACGUUUUCUCUUUUCAAGCUGCGUUCGAGGCAGGGCUCAUCUUUCAGAGACGGGAGUUAGAAUGAUCACUUGAAGUUUACAAGUUACAGCAGGGGCUGGUGCAGGAGGGUCAUCGCUACCUCUGACUGGGGCUGCAGGAGGCGAUUAUGAGGCGUUCAGUACCACUACUGGUAACUGUUGUUUCCAUUGGUUUAUUCACCAGCGGUGGAGAUGGCCAAAGACCAGGGGGUGACUUCCUCCUGGUAAAGUACUGUGGACUCGUGAGGGUUCUUCUGCAUAAAUGUUUUAACGCUCUGGCAAGGCCAGGAUAGGCUGUUGCUGUCAGAGGGACAGCCAAUGAGAGGAGACACGAGGCAUAUAACUUUAAGUGCUCUCUCUCUCCUCAAAGCUUGUUGUGCCUUGAAAACUUUUUUAGAAAUUGAAGAACUUUAAAAGCUCAUGCACUGACAGUGUUGAGGACUUGAAUGGUGCUACUUGAGCUAGGUGUGUAGGCCCUGUCGUGCCCAUCAAGUUUUACUAAAGUUAUUUUAUUGCACAUCUAGAGUUUUAUAUAGAUGUCUUGGAUAUGUGUCCUUAAGCUUCCAGAGUGUGAGGAGAAGGGGGGACGACGCAGCUUGUUUACAGGGGAAAGGUUCUCAACGUUUAACCAGGACUGAUUUGGGACCAGGGGUUUAGCAGUGGGGGAAUUUAGCCAUUUGCACACAGAUUUCUAGAUUCUACUUUUGCUGCUAAUUUUGUGUAAUUUAUUAAGCAUUUUUGAGAAAUAUUUAUUUUUGUAAGCCUCAAAGUGAUUCUUUGAAAGUUUAAAGAAACUUGACCAAAAGACAGUACAAAAACACUGGCACUUGAAUGUUGAAUGUCACCUGUAUGCGUGAAAUUUAUAUAUUUCGGGGUAGUGUGAGCUUUUUAAUGUUAAAAACGUAUUGGAUUCAGUCAAUAAUACUAUCCAUAGCUGUUUCCAGGCCUAAGGGCCAAUCACUCUUAGAUAACUAAUUGGCUAUCAAAAUUAAAAAUGGAAUUCAAUCAACAAACAUGCCAAGGUUUGGAAUAAAGUUGUCAGAAGAGCAAACCAAUUUCCUAAACAGCAUACCAGUGCAAAUGUGUUCAGAUUCUCAAAUUGUGUGCAUUGUGUUUACUAUUCUUUACUCUGAUUUGACCUGAUAAUAGGACAGUUUUUCUCCAGUGAAUCUCUGGCACAUGGCAAUCUUUAAAAUCAAACAUGUGGUUUCUUCUCUCGUUGCUUUUGCAUAUAUGGCACCUCUGGGUAUGAAGCCAGUCUGAACUGGACUACAGCACCACUUAGUACUGUCAAACUGUAUCCUAGAAACACUGGGACCAGCUGCACAGACACGGAGACAGUGGUUUGUGCAGUCCCAGAACAGCUCCAAUCCUGAAGUGAACCUCCAGAGCUCUUUAGAUGUAGACUUUGCUUUCUGUAUUAGCUUAUAGGUUAAUGCACUGCAUGGGAAAAUACUCAAGCUGUGCAUUUAUUGUAUAAUUUUACCAAAAUAAAAGUUUGAAUGCAAUAAAGUACCUGACAUUUUCAGCACUA